GCUGUUUUGUUAAUAAAUUGCAUGUAUGUGUUUUUGAUUGCUCAGUCUGUGGAUACAUUUGGCGUUGCAAAAAAAUCGGAGAGAUUCUGCUAAAAAGUCAAUAUUUGACUACUGGUGCUGCACGGAUGCAUCAGAUCAUUGACGCUAACCAAGACAUGGCUACUGCUUUGCUAGCUGGAGAGAAACUGAAAGAACUGAUUCUUCCUGGCCAACAGGAUGAUAAAGGGAGCUCUCUCGCAGCAUUACUAGUCCAGCUCAAGCUUGAGCUGCCAUUUGACAGAGUGGUAACUAUUGGAACUGUCUUAAUUCCAAUCGUACUGGUCACCUUAGUGUUCACCAAGAACUUUGCUGAGGAGGCAAUAUACUGCUAUACACCCGACAACUUCACCCGGGACCAGGCGCUGUAUGCCAGGGGAUACUGUUGGAUUGAAUUAAGGGAUGCCAUACCAGGUGUGGAUGUCAGUCUCCGUCCAUCACUGUUUGAGCACAAGUUCCUACCUUAUGCACUGCUUGCCUUUGCUGGUAUAAUGUACAUACCUGCCCUUGCCUGGAAGUUUUUAGCCUCAACUAGGUUGACAUCAGAGUUAAAUUUCCUGCUUCAGGAAAUUGAUAACUGUUACCAUCGUGCAGCUGAAGGGCGAGCCCCCAAAAUUGAAAAGCAAAUCCAGUGCAAGGGGCUGAGUAUUACAGAACGGGAACGAAGAGAAAUCAUAGAAAAUGCAGAGAAAGAGAAAUGUCCAGAACAGAAUUUAUUUGAGAAAUAUCUGGAAAGAAGAGGGCGUAGCAACUUUUUAGCUAAACUUUAUUUGGCUCGACAUUUGCUUAUUGUUUUUUUAAGUGCUAUUCCAAUCAGUUACUUAAGCAUAUAUUUUUCUACACAGAAACAAAAUGAAUUUACAUGUGCAUUGGGAGAACCACCUGACCAAUCUUCUAGUCCAGAGCUACGUGUCAAAGUGAACUGUAAACUACCUUCUGUUCAGCUACAACGAAUCAUAACACUGGUAGACAUCUGCCUUCUCUGUUUCAUGAACUUAGUUAUUCUUAUUAAUUUAAUCAACCUAUUCAUAGUGAGAAAGUCCAAUUUUAUUUUUGACAAACUAAACAAGGUUGGAAUAAAAACAAAAAAACAGUGGCAGAAAUCACAGUUCUGUGACAUUAAUAUUUUAGCUAUGUUUUGCAAUGAAAACCGUGACCACAUCAAGUCACUGAACCGUCUGGACUUCAUCACAAACGAAAGUGACUUAAUGUAUGACAAUGUGGUGCGUCAGCUGCUGGCGGCAUUGGCACAGUCGAAUCAUGACAUCACACCGAGUGUGCGGGAUUCAGGGAUUCAAACAAUCGAUCCAAGUGCGGAUCCCACAGAUACGGAGUCAAAUGAGCAACUUGUUAUUAAAAGACCUAAGAAGAAAAUGAAAUGGAUUCCAACAGCAAAUUCACUCCCGCAACCCUUCAAAGAUCAAAUGACUAUAAUUAAAGCUGAAAAUAUUAAACAGGAAAAGCUUAAACCUAUUCGAAGAAAAACUGUGACGGACAGUCUUAUAGCUCCUCUGUUAGACACAAGCUGCAAAACGUCUCAACAAGCGGGAGCAAGUAAAAGUGAACCGAACACAAUUGUAAGCAUCGAAAAAAAACACUCACGGAACUUUUCUUUAGAUGUUUACCCUUACCUUGUAAGUGGCAAAAAGACAAAGGGUGAAACUGGGGAGAGCAUUCCAAUACCAGCAUCAAAAAGCCAGGAAAACCUAUUUUUGCCUCAAGAAGACAAUGCAGUAAUUCGUAUCUCAGGAUCUGUAAAAGAAUCAAACUUGGUCCAACAGGAUUUAAAUAAUGAUUUGCCAUCUAUUUUAGAGUCAGUCGAAGAUCAAAUAACAAUUCCUAGUUCAUUUAUCUGCAACAACCAUAGUCAUGUACUAAAAACAUCUUCAGCCUCAAGCAUUGUCUAUAAGAGUGAUGCAUUAGAAGUGAAGUCAGCGUUUCAUCGAAAUGCCUCCCAUCCAGUGUUCUCUGUUCACACAGUGUAUGAGAACCAUGAAAAUGAAGAUUCCAGCUUCGUGGAUACAACUUUAUCCUCAUCUGACACCUUACAUUCUCAGUCACAGGUGAUCCUUACCCCAUUUCAAGAUUCAGUGACACUGGUGGGAGCAGUAAAACACUGAUGAUAAGUUUUUACCAUGCAUUCGACUGUACAGGCUCAAUAGGAAUACAUGAAUACAAUUAUCAGCAAUCUAUACUUAUACUUAUGUGAAAUAUUGAUGAUAAGUUAUUACCAUGCAUUCGCUUGUGCAGACUUAACACUAUGAGAAUACAUGAAUACAAUUUAUUUACACUUCAUUUAAGCAGUUCAAGAAGGAAUUCUUUACAUAGUGUUAAAGAAUUUUCUUCAUCUUCACCUUCUGACAAACAGAAAUUAUAUGCUACCUUCUGUAGAACAAGAUGUGAUAAAUGCAUUUCAUUGCUGUCAUGCUGAACUGACUGCAAGCCCUUGUUUCAAAGUUUAGCUGUAAAACACAAAAGUAUGUGUUUUGCAUUUCCCAAAUAUUCCCUAGGAAUGGUAGAGUAACUUUUAGAUCUAAUAUGCCGAUGAGGUGUUAGAUCAGUGAACGAAAUUUUGUGUCUAAUCAAGAUAAACUCUUGAGUGUCUUUGUGAUAAUCUAAUGUGUGUAAGUCCUUUGUAGACCUGUUUCGGCUUCUUGUAUCCAACACAUAUGCUCUGCAAAUCUGAGAAACUGCACACAGAAAACAGUGUUUCUAUGGUUACUUGAAAGGAUCACUCAAUGAUGAACUUUAACAAGCUGGAAAACUAAAAAAGAACAAAUUCAGCAUCUCAUCUUUUAAAAUGUUUAAGUAAAUGUCUUUCAGAUACUUGCUAUUAAUACCAAAUGUAAAACAUGCAAAACAUAUAGUCAUUUAAACAUGUUGUUUCCUUGAUUUUUUCAUAUGCAGCAUUUAAAACAUCUGUAGUUUUGUUUGUUCAACUUUAGUUCAUUGGUUCAUGCUACGUAUAUUAUUACACAUCACAAGGAGAAGCUGACAGUUUGUGACAUUUUGUGCUGCGUGUUAUAAAUUUACAGAGUUCCAAGGGCAGUUUAGAGGUCACUCAUACACAUCUAACUCUCCUAACGUUCCAUUUCAUUUACUUCAUCACUUUUAUGUUACAGUUUUUAUCUUAAGUUUUCUUUCCACUAGUUCACAGUUCUUGUGUUUACGGCCCUGUUAAUGUUUUUACUCAUCAUAGUCUGAUAUAUGACACAUCGUAAUUU